AUGGCCGAGGGCUUAGGAGAUUUUCUUGGCCUCGAAAGCAGAGCAAAUAAAGACACGCUCGCCUACUUGGAGCAGUUAGCGGCACAGCCAAUUGAAAGCUUGGUGAAAUCGGAACCAGAGCAACUUGCCGUCACGUCCCAAACGAUUUUACGAUCAGUCCAAGCCCUUUCGAAACGACAUCAUAUAUCUAUAGUUGCCUCUGCAGUUGGCCAUGGAACGCUACGGGAGACACUUCCUGAGCUUGCGACUCGUACGACGGAGCUUUCCAAUGCCGUCCCUCGAUUAGACGCCCAAGCAGAGCAUUUUUCGUCCCUCUUCAGCAAAUCUGGUGAUAGUAAGCUAUUGGCAUCAAGGAAAAAGGCUAUUCGUCUACUGCAAAACUCAGAACGCGUCGUGGAUUUAAUGGAGCUUCCAUCACUGUUGUUAUCCGCAGUAAGCACAACACCGUUGGGCUAUUCGUCAGCCCUCGAUCUUUACAGCCAUAUCAAGCGCCUUUCAAAUUUAUAUUCGGAAUCUACAUUAGUAUCUUCAGUCUUGGAAGAAGCUGAUGACUCGAUUCGACAGCUCGCUGUGGACUUAAUCGUCGCAUUGGAAGCCCCGAACCUCAAGCUUGCGGCUGCUUUGAGAACCGUCGGCUGGCUGAGAAGGAUUAUGUUGGAAUUGAUAUCUGAUAUGCAUAUGGAUAAUUCCCUGCAGGCGGUAUUCCUUAUUUGCAGAUUAUCAAAUCUGCUUGCGACACUGGAAGCCUUGGAUCCAUUGCGACAGCUGGCUGAGGAGGAGCGCAAGAGACAGCGCAAGACAUCUCACAGUUGGGCUGGUGGUCAACAGACUGAGAGAUAUCUUAAACGAUUUAUUGAAGUGUUCAGAGAACAUAGUUUCAGUAUUAUUUCUAUCUCCAAGAACAUUGGGGGAACAAGUCUAGGUGCCAACUCAGCAACUGCCAAUGAGUCGGUCGCAGCCGCGCCACCCGCUUUAUCAACAUUCCCAAUACAUCUGGUUGAGAUGUUGAUGGAUACCCUGCGUACAUACUUACCCAUUGUCAGUGAACAGACCUCGCGAGAAAGCAUCUUAACCCAGGUCUUGUACUGUGCAGGGAGUCUGGGCAGAUUGGGUGCCGAUUUUAGCAUGCUGCUUUCAACAGUCAAUGUCCCUGAAUGGGCCGGUGUUAUAAAACGUCACCGUCAAUUGGCAGGACGUUUAGAAUCUGUCAUUGGAGAUCACCGAGGAAAUCUUCCUGAAGCAACAGCAUAA